AUGUUACUCCAUUGUUAUAAGGAGAAUUCACAAUUACUAGAAGAUAUUGCCAGGAAAAAUGGCCAUGAGGAGACAGCAAAAUUCCUUGACAACAUAACUAAGAGGUAAUCUUUAGAAUUUCAACACUUUUACUUACUUGUAAACUAUCUUCAUAAGUUGUCCGAGAUGCAUUUUCAUACUGAAUUCACGCCUCAAAAUGCAACUGCUAUCCUUUCUAUUAGAGCUUUAUUCACCAUUGCAUGACAGAAAAAAAAAAUGUUGCAUACUGUUCUCUUCCCCCCGGGGGAGGUUACUGGGAUUAAUUUUUGCUGGGCAUGUGCCGCUGGCUUUUCAGAACUCCUACCCUAUUUUAGUUUAUUCUGUGGCAAUACUAUAGACCCCAUGUUUGUGAGUUGAGGAAAAAAGUAGUUUUCACAAUCCCAACUUAACGACUUUCUGUUUAUGCAUCUAUCUUUUAAAACUUUUUAACUUGGUCAUCCUUAAACUUAAUGUGGUGUAAAUCUCUCUAUUCUGAAAUCCCCCAAAAAACUAAAUUGUGUGACCCCGUGACCCCAUUCUAGUAACUCUUAUAAAAAUGCAACCCCACGAUAGUCAAUCCGGUCGUAAAAAUGCGGCACAUACUCAUUAGCCUACUAUUAGGAAGUGUUCCCGGGGGAGGGGGGGGAGACGUUUUUCCCGGCUUUGUUUCCUCUCCUUACAUUUAACACUAAGGGACCGUUCAUUUUUUACCAGGUGGGGGGAAGGAUAGCUGAUGGAAUUUGAGGGGGGGGGACCAUGGGGGAGGUCACCAAAAAAAAUCCUUCAAAUUUUGCCACCAGAAUGCCAAAAACUAGCGUUUCUGACAUUCAGAAAGUUAAAAUUUUCCCGGAGAAGCAUGCCUCUGACCCCCUAGUUUAUUCUGCGCCAAAAGGCAAUUCUACCCCUCUAAAAUCCAGCAAAGCUUAAAAGCAUGUCAAAUCCGAUGUUUCAUUAGAAAAAAACAACACUCAAUCAUUUUCAUUUUUUCCUUUGUCCUCUCUCUCUUUCUUUCUUUCUUUCAUUCUUUUUUUUUUUUUUUUUUUUUGGGGGGCAGUCAUCUCUAUUAAUUUGGGAUACAAGGGGUGCCGCCCCUCAAAAAUACUUUUUUUGGGGGGGGGGGGGGGUCAUCAUAUACUACAGGAGCUACCCGUCGAGUCCCACCAGCUCCCCAUCCCCCAUUAAAAAUGAACGGUCCUUAACGUGCUCAAUUAAAUAAAAGUUUGAUAUACAAAAUGGGUUCGAAGCCGCUGAUCUUGCAAUACUUCGCCUGUGUGUCAUUAAUACUGCUGAGACGACGAGAAAAUGCAUAUAUUUAACAAAUAGAUUGCAUGUUGCGUCUGUUCAGUAAUUGAUCACAGGUGGCACACGAGCCAAUGAACAGAAGAAAAAACGGCAUACUUGCCUCGUACCGCUUAACUGUUUGAGGAUUUGUCCCAGUUUAGCAUUUUUUAAGCGACAAACGCUACUUUUCUUCUCUACUGCUUCUUCUGUUCUAUCUCUUUCUUGUAUACAAUUUCUCCGUUAAGUUUUUCGACUUCUUCACCUGCUCAAAGCAGAAUAAUUGUGAAAACAUUUUCAAAAUUGCGAGUUUUUUCGUAACGAUGACACACGAUGGCAACUGUUGUGAAGAUUUCAGUUCCAGUUUAGGCAUUUUCAAUUCGCCGAGAACUCUUUUAGUCGCGGUUCCUCCUUAUUUCUUAAUUGUAAACAGCUCCUGCUAAACUUUUCCAGAGUUUUUCACUUGCUUAAUCCGAAAUAACCUCGCAAACAUAACCGCGCGCCAUGUUGGAAGAACAAAGAAACCAAGUUUCUUGUGACGUCAUCCGUGCGUCUGUACUCUAAUAGUUCAUGGGCAACGACCAAUCACAGCGCGCGAAACAUUGACUACAUUGUAUUCUGUCGCUGUGCUAAUCCUCGCGAAACUCGGUUUGGUAACGGCACUCAAGUUAAGCCAUGUCGGUCGGAGUUAUGAACUGGAUGGGUGACCUACCGCGAACAUCGUCGUAAAGGUCCAUACGUUGUUCUUUCUUUUCUUCUUCUUAUUUUUUGCGUUUUGUGUGGUGUUAUUGUUAAAAGUGUCUUGAAAAGCAUAUUUAACAUUAUUUCGGCCUCCGAAUUUAGAAACAAACAAAACAAAGCACAAAUGUGGCAGCGCAGUUCGACUGAAAAUUGUUAUACUUCGGACCGUGGUACAGAGCCGAAACUUUGCAGACUUUGAUCUAUAUAUCGGCGGGGAAACCGGCAAACUAAUAAAUUUGGGUUUUCCACAGUGGAAAACGAUCAUAAUGUCUCUGAUAUUCCAAUCUCCUGUUCCUCUUUUCCUCUGUCUCUUGUUGUCGGCGUUGCUCUCGCUGUGCUAAGCGAUUUUCGGUCUGCUCGGCGGUUUCUUGUUGACGUCUUCUCAUUCGUUGUUCACGCUGAAUUUAAAGUCGGCGUUCUCGCUUCAUAAAAGUCUCGGUGGAAAAUCUUCCUGGGCGAGGAUUUCGAGCCACUUGUUUACUUGUGUGUCACUUGCAUGGGAAAUUGUUCAUGAUUCACCGAUAGUAAACAUUGUUUGACAGAUGAUGAAUAAACACAACAGCCUUUCACGAAGAAUACAUGCAAAUGCGCCUUGGUCAUCGGCGGCAAAGUCUAUGUUGCCUGUAAACGCAAAAUGCUCCAUGACGUCAUUGGCAGACACCAAGCAUAUAUUCCAGGGCGGAUAAAGGUUGGGCGGUGAAACGAGUGCUCCGCUCUUCAUUUAAUGUGUGAUGCGGAGUAGGACUGGCACGAGCGCUCUUUCCGCGCUUCCGGUGCGCUUGAAGGCUGGCGAAAUUUUCCUUUUUGCAAACCGAAAAUCCUAUUUUCUUUCUGUAAUUUCAGGCUACAAUGUUAAAUAAUAAAUUCGUUUCAUAACAAUAUCAAUAAACAGUUUCAUAUGUUUGUGUCUGUAUGCCUAAAGUCAAACUUGUUGGUCGAAGAAUGCCAGAAUUUGAGUUUAAUUUGAAAGUGUUGAAUACCUCCUCCUUCCACUCAAUAUCACCUAAUCGUCUUUCGCCGUUUCGUUUGCAAAAGCCUAACACUUCUUAACCUCAAUUUUUACAUAAUGUUAAAGGGGGAUAAAUUUUAUAUAGCAUAACAAAAAAUUAGAUUGAUAUAUUUUGAUAUAGUGGCGUUGUACUGCUUCAAACUUUGCUUCUCGGGUGCAACGCGCCAUGGCGAUUCGCGCAAUGCGUCGCAAAUCUGGCAACCGCAUGUGAACAAAAUUUAUUGAGAUUAGCUGUAAGGUUUUUUCUCCGUUUUUCUCUCUAAAACAAAACAAAGUAAACAGUAAAAACUGAGGGGAAACUAAUUAUGAAGUUUCGAAGAAACAGAAAGAAGUAUGAGAUCUUUUUUUUUCAAAAUUAAAAAGAGGGAUGAUGGUGAUUGAAAUUAGCAUAAUAUCACCUUGCACGUGCUGCACGAAUUUAUAAAAUACACGUCAUCUUGUUAUGAAACACGAUCUGUUUUCUUUUAGUUUUACCAUGGAUGACAUGGAUGAGAUUUUCCUUCGUGUUUUAGACAGUACUUAGUUGUUUUUGUUUUGGAAUAACAUCGACAUUGGCGAGUAGGAGAACGAAAAUAUAAUUUAGUGGUAGAGUCAUGGAAAUAAUAAGAGAAACCCUUUGAAAGAGAUGUUUGUCUACUCCAGCUAAACCUCCAGCCAAUAAUAGGAACAUUUGCCUCUCGGAGACGGCGUACCAGCACAAAGGAACGAGGAAGAAGUGCAAGAAAACAAAUCAAGCCACCAUAAUUCAGUGACAGCGGCAGUGUCUAAUGGACAAACCACAUCGCAAGCCCUGACCGAAGUCGAAAACAAGCGACAUUUCUAAGCAGAGUCCCAGUCCACUGCAUCACACCUUUUUGCUCGGACGCUCUCGUUUCACCACCCAACCUUUAUCCGCCCUGAUAUAUUCAUAGAGAGAUUUAUGGGCCAUCGAACUUUCCAGCUGGCUAAAACCACGCGCGGCUAGCAGACUGAUCGCGCGCUUCGCGCGCAACGAGAUUAUAAAGUCGCUACGCUCGGCGCGAAGCGCCUAGCUCUGCUCGGAAAAAUGCAUUUCGUAUCUAUCUCUGCAGGUUAUCUGAGGAGACAGAAUUUUUCCCGGAAGAUUUCCAGAAAAUUGACUGGUCAGAGCUUGUUUCUCUUGUUAAAAGAGCUCAAGAACAAAAGAAAGAUGGUAAGAUUUUUGUUUGUAUUUUUCCUUUGUCUUUGCCUUUGUUUUGUCCCUUUUACUUUUACUGUGAAACUCACAAAACUGUGAACAACAACAAUAUUUCUGGAAUGUGAUUUUGCUGCAAGCAAAGUGCCAAUCAGGUGUGCGGAAAACUAAGCAGCAAUCAGCAACAUUAAUUAGUUUGUGCUUUUGUGGCUAGCUCCCAUGUCCUGAUCUUCUCUGUGAUUGGUCAUAACACAAUAAACAUUCCUACAGUAUUUCAGGUGUUCACGGUUUUAUUAGUUUGACAGUGAGAUGUGUUUAAGUAGCUCAGUUAAUACAGUUAUAGUUUUAAUAAUAUACAUAAAACGUUUCUGAAAGCGAAACAGUUUUUAGUAAACACAGUGCAAAAACAAGGAAACAUUGCAAAAAUACGGAAAUGAAAUGCCAAUAUCUCAGUGAAUGGAGCACUGUGAUUGGCUGGUAAACAAUUACCAUAAAUAAGAACCAAUCAGUUGCCGCAGUUGUAAGUGGAAAAAAAGGUCAGCAUACGAAGCCGAUCUUAGUUCUUUCUCGAUAGAGAAAAACACAUUGAAAAAUUGAAAAUACUAUUAUCAAAAACGAAAGCACUGUCAUGAGAACAGCAUUUUCUAUUAAUAUUUGGUAGAAAUCGACGAAGGAUUAAGGAAUUUUCGAGCAAAUUGUGAGUUACGAGCCUGCCAAUCUCAACAUACCGAUCGAGCGCUACUACGCCAAAAUUUGAUUAAACAAACGAUGGGCCUACUACGAGCCCGAUUGUCUCAAAGUUAUGAUAACUGCUAUAGACAAUUCAUCCAUGAUAACUGCUUUAGACAAGCAAAGUGUAAGGAUAUACCUGAUCUCCUUGAACAAAGUUUUUGAUGGUUAAGAGGCCAAACAACUUACUACGUCUUGCCGGCCGCGGAUAGCGUCCAAACAAAAGGACGCUAACGAAAGAGUAAUCAUACGACGUUUCUUGUUGAAUAUGGAAUUUAUUUGCACUCAGGUGCUUUUUUUGAAAUAAUACUAAUACAAAAAAAGUAAAAUCUUUUAAAUUUUCUCUGAAACCCAUAAAGUAAAGAAAUUUAUUUACCCAUAAAGUAAGAAAUUAUAUCAGUGUACAUACUGGGGUCAAUUUAAUAAAACUUCUUCUAGUGUAAUUGACAAGUGUAGCCCUUUUUUCAGACUCUAAAACAAUGGCUACACUUAUAAAUUACACUUGUAAAGAGUUUGAUUACUGACGAAUUAUUCAUUAAUGUUUUUCGUUUGCAACAGGUAUUGCUGUUGACCAAGAAAACUAUCAGGCUGAGAGUGAUUUGACCAUUGAUACAGGCUACUUUGGGGAUGUCGAGACGUCUUCCGGUAAUCUCUCACUUCAAUCGAAGUCUGAUUCUGAUGAUGACAACUCGGAAAUAUCUUGUGAAGGUAUGACAUAACUGUCCAUAUAAUCAAACUGUUAUUGAACGGUUUAGAAUUCUGUUGUUGUUAUUUCUUUCUUUGUUUGUUUUUAGCCAUGGCUACCAAAUGAAAAUUUAUGAGUGUUCUAGGUAAAUGUGAAUAAGAGGUUUUGAUACAACUAAGAUCAAUUAAUUUAUUCCUAAUCCAUCUGAUUUAUUCAAAUUGCUAAAUUGCUGUAAGUAAUUCUAAUUUAUUUGAUCAAAAAGUUAAACGCUAAAAGAUUUUUAAAAUACAUUAAAAAUAAAACAUUUUUAAAAAAGGGUGAACGACGUUUCGGCGCUACGUUGUGCCAUUAUCAAGUUGAAAAGUGAAAAAGUAUAAGGUGUAAAACGAAUAUAUAAGAAUGCAAAUGCGAAAUACGAAUACGUAAGAAUGCAACAAGUUACGCACCAUCUUUUCAAAGCUGCGCUAUCCGAAAACAUUGGUCGAUUCCACUAUAAAUAAGUUCAGCCAGGAACCAGAUAAAGAAAUACACACCGUGCCUUCAGUAGACCCAUCUGUUUACAUAGUAUUGCCCUUUAAAGAUCAGCGAUCAGCUGAUCGCGUACGCAAAGAUAUCUAUUCUCUGGGAGCCAAGAUCGAUGUUAACGUAAAACCCGUCUUUACAAGAACAAAACUGUCACAAACCCUGAGUGUCAAGGAAAACAAGCCCCCGAUCGUCAACACUCAAUGCGUUGUAUACUUAUUUCAACGUGAUUUGUGCGAUGCAAAUUAUGUCAGGUACACUGCCCGACACUUACAUCAACGCAUAAGUGAACACUGUUAUUCAGCCAUCGGGAAACACCUUGAAACACAGCAUGGCAAGAACAGAACAAAGACUGACCAUCUUUUCAAAGUUCUGAGGAAAUGUGAUAGUAAGUUUGAUUGCUUAGUCUACGAGAUAUUAUACAUAAAGGACAUCAAGCCUUCUCUUAACACGCAAGCCGACUCCAUUCGCGCCAAACUGUUUACGUGACACUUUCGUACAUUUUUUAUUUUUAUUUUUCUCUUAUUGUGUUUCUUACCUUGGGAAUUAUACCCAUUGGACCCGCAAAUAUUUUAUGUAUUGUUUCAAAUUUUAUAUAUUCGUUUUACACCUUAUACUUUUUCACUUUUCAACUUGAUAAUGGCGUAACGUAGCGCCGAAACGUCGUUCACCCUUUUUUAAAAAUGUUUUUUUAAAUGUAUUUUAAAAAUCUUUAGCGUUUAUCUUUUUGAUCAAAUCAUUUUCGAAAUCUCUCCAAUUCUAAUUUAAGACAGGUUUUGUCAGUAAAAUGGUCUAUACAUUUAAAUGGGGCAUGUUACGCUGUUUUCUAGGGGCCGAUUAUUUAAACUAAGUUUAGACAGCGUUAAUGAACAUCAUCGAGUAACCCAAGUUUAAACCAUGAAUACCGACAAGAGACUACAAAGGGAACAGAGAGGGCAUCCCCAUAUACACUCUAUUCCAUAGGUAAUUCGUCUAAGUUAUUUUUAGAAUUGGGAUAAAUUUACCUCGCGCGAGGCGUGGAUGUUUCGUGGAGGUUUCGCAUGACCAAACGCCGUGCAAAACAUGUCGGGCGAGAGGCAAUGAAAGCGUAAAAAGAUCGAGAGCAUUCCUGAAUAUUGAAGCGAAAUGAGUCGGCGCUCACCUGGGAAAAAGGAAUCGCUGGAAUCUUUGACAACCCGUGAAAUCAGUUUAACUCGAAGUUGUCGUAACCUCAGUGCUCUAACAAAAUGAGAAAUUUCGCCGGUCUGUUGAAACCGGUCGUUUGUGCAAUUUAGGGAGUUUAAGAUCCAACGACGCGGACGACAACUAGAACGUCAAAAAGCAAUAGGUUUAAUUAGCAAAACGACAACUUCGCACGUGCAACACACUUUUUUGUUCAUUUCUUUCCCGUUUUUGCACGACUACGACGUGAAAAUGCCUAAUUUCGCGUUUUAUGGAGGACGUAAAUAAGCAACGACGAAAUUUUAUUUCUCUUUCUGAGCUUGAAUAUGGUCCCUUGAAAUUCAGCUUUAGGAUGGUUCGCCUACAAUUGACAAAGUAAGUGGGUAGGAAUAAUCGCUAUAAAGACUGAAAAAAAUAAACGUCAAACCAGAAAUUGCUCUCUUCAAACUGUAAAUUAUAAAUGAUCCUAGAGAAUAUUCAGUCUGUUAAGGAUUUCCCUGCUCUACUGUUAGCUCUAUACAAGAGAAGAAGGGCGAUUCUUUUUUAAUUUCGGUUUCGCUGACACAGCUUUCGCAGAAAUCUCGCUGUAGUCGUUUUCGUCGACAAAAGGAAUAGCAAAAUCGCUCUCCGCGUCUUCCCCCAUUUUGUUCUGCGUCAUUUCGUGAAGGACGCGUGGCUCUCAGCGUGGGUCAUCCACGCGGAACACAUUCGCGCUAUGUGAUUGGCUGUUGUCUAAUCCCCCUUGAGAUCUAUAUCCAUAUAUGGGGGAUGCCCUCUCUGUCCCCUUUAUAGUCUCUUGAUACCGAUUACUUGAACGUUGUUUUACCACAACGGUGUUUAGACAAUGUCCAAACACCGACUAAGGAACAAAAGUAAGUUAGAGCUGCUCAAAGGUAGGUUUAAGAAAAGUUAAGAAACUGCGCCAAUCGACGAAAUAUGCAUACUCGACAAAUUUGGCACCUUAGGGAUGGAUUUAGCCCUUCAGAAGAAUGCGACGACGAAGACUUUCGAUUUUGUUUUGGCCUUAGAAAGUACUCGGUCAUUGACCUCGUAAAAUUUUUGGAUAAAGAUCUUCAACGUCAAACAAGAAGAGGUCUGCCACUUACACAAAUGCAGCAAGUGCUGAUUACUUUGACAUUCUAUGCGACAGGAACUUUUCAGAGGGUUAUUGACCAUUUAUUUGGUGUUUCUGUUUUUGCUGCAUGCGCAGUCACCCACAAGGUUUCAAGGGCUAUUGCGAAACAAAAAGGACAAUUGCUGUCAUUCCCAGAGAACCUACCUUGCGAGCAGUGGUUUCUCCAGGCCGGACGCUACGCUUCGAUGGGAAAGAAACCACUGCGAGCAACCGUUUUGCUUUUCCAUCGAGCAUGCGCGUCAACGUGAUGACUUCGAAUAUCCAACGACAAGACGGCAACGAGAACUUCAACAAAACAAUAGGUUAAAUAAGCAAAACAACAACUUUGCACGUGCAUCAUGCUUUUAUUUUUGCAUUUCUUUGCCAUUUUUGCACGGCUACGACGUGAAGAUGCCUAAUUUUGCGUUUUAUGGAUAACGCAAACAAGCAACGACGAAAUUUAUUCUUCUUUUCGCUCUUGAACUUGGAUAUGGUCCCUUGGAAUUCAACUCCAUUUGGGUUUGCCUUCCUUUGACAAAGUAACUGAGUAGAUAGGAAUAAAUAAUCCAAAGAAAUACUGAAUAUCCACAGCAGGCUCGCGUGAAGGCAGCAAUUGUAAGCGUAAGCAAAUGCGCGUGAGCCUAAACUUGCUUUCAAACAGGAUUUACAUGUUUAAAGUUAAUUUAUUCGUCCAUAGUGCUGGACGGCGGCUCGAUCAAAGAAGCAGACGGAUGCUCGCAGUGGUUUCUUUCCCAUCGAAGCGUAGCGUCCGGCCUAGAGAAACCACUGCUCGCAGGGUACAGAGAUCCUGGCUGAUACCAAGAGAAAGUUUUAUGAUGUUGCGUACUUUCUAGGUGUGAUCGGGGCCAUCGUUAGUUAAAUUUCCUCCCAUGCCUUUGUCUUUUUUUCCAACGUUUACUGUCAUAGCCUUUGCUUUCCACCUCUAGAAAGUCUCUACCCAAUUCGGCACAUAAAAUUAUUUCUUGUUCACUGAAAUUUGUUGUGCGACUUGGUUUAGAAGCCAUAUUGCAGAGACAUAACCACUAUCUGCAAAUGUGCAUACGAAAUAACUCUGCAGACAAUGCAUUUCCUUGUGAGACAUGGUUUAGCUAUUGACUUAAAAAGAAACGUUUCAAUAGCGGUCCAACAAUGUAUUUUAAAAACAUCGUUUAGCCGUUGUUUAUCGAAACAACUUCUAAACCGCGGCUCAGCUCUAACAAAUGGUUAACUUAGACUUUGUUUAAAUAAUCGGCCCUAUCUUUUUGACUUCCCAUCAAUUGCCAAUUGAAUUCCCGAAUAACUUUACAAUUUUGUAAUUUUUAAAAAACUCAAUAUUGAGGCAUUAAAACUGCUUCCUGCCGUCUGUUGCUGCGGAUGGCAAAGAUGGACGUGGAUUUAAACUUAAAACUUUUUCAAGUUUUACUUUUCUCCCUGCAAAAAUCUCCCAAAAAAUAUUAUGGUUAGUUGUCUCUGUCUAAAUUCGUUUGAUAUCUUCUUGGUAAUUCUAAAAUGGCAUUGUGUAUGGUUAAAGGGACUAACCAAUGACUUCAGCACAGAAUUGACCUAAAACAGCACUGACUAUCCUCGUGACACACACCCUUUAAGUAGGAGCGUAGCGUCCAUAUACGGACAUACGCCCCUGCGUACAGCUGAAAUCUGGAAUUUUUUUCUCAAAUCGGGGUGACUAUAAAUUUUUCGCAUUAUAUUGGUGUCUUUGUUUUAGUAUUUCCUUUAUGCCUUUAAUUAUUCCAUAACGCUAGAAAUGGUAAAAUAAACAACUAACUGUUUCAUUUCCCUUGUAUUUAUUAACUGAAAAAAUCCCGUGGAAAAGAAAGGAAAUGGCAUUUCCGAGACCCCAAACUUAAAUAUUUCCUGGGGGAGCAUGCCCCCCAACCCCCUAGUUUAGAACACUUAUGCACUCUAACUUUUUUUUCUUUUCGUGCGUACACCUUGCAAAUCUCAGGCUAAGCCCCUGUUAAGCACAGUGUAUUUUAGUCCUUUGCGCCUGUUUCAAACAUCACAUUUCUUUGACCAAUUUUAAUCUCCACUUAACAGAUUCUUUUGAAGAAGAUGAAACUCAGGUGAAGACAGACGCUUUCGAAAAGUACAGUGAUGAAAAAGCAUACUCGUUCUCUCUUGAUUUUUCAGAUGUAAACUUUCCCACAGAAGGUAUAUGUAUACUUCAUAACGUGAAAUCUAGAUUUGCUGAAGAAUGGUACUCCAUUUGGCCAGCCUUGUUGUUUAAGUCAUAA